UUGACUUUCAGUGUUACUCAAACCCCUAAUUUCCAAGCACUCGCAAAAGUUGCAAAAUUUGCUUACCACCGCCAUCUGGAGAACUCAUUCUUCGAUUCUGUUUCCAUUUUGAAAAUUCCGAUGUUCUAAGAGACUGCAAGAAGGGAAGACAAGGCUACGCAUACGAUAUGCUUGGUGGAUUGUACGGAGACCUACCUCCGCCCUCUUCGGCGGAGGAAGAUAAGCCCGCCAAUUCUACCGUCUGGUCGAGCAGCACAAAAAUGGCGCCACCGACUCUACGCAAGCCAUCGUCCGUUUUCGCGCCACAGACUGUUCUCAGAUCUCAAAGCAAAAUCAAAGCUGCCAACUUGGCGCACUCGAAGGCUUCAGUGUCCGAGCCGGUGGAGCAGUCUCUGCCGAUUCUGGCUGAGGCUAUUACGCAACCGGCAUUGGUGGCCGUGACGUCUUCGGUUGUAGAAGAGUAUGAUCCAGCGAGGCCGAAUGACUACGAGGAGUAUAGGGCGGAGAAGAACAGGAAGGCCAAGGAGGCUGAGAUGAGAAAGGAGCUCGAGAGACGUAGACAAGAGGAGGAAGAGAGGGAGAAGAAGGAGCGAGAGGAGCGAGAUAGAGAGUAUUCCGAUUCUAGGAUAAAUAUUUCAGGCGAGGAAGCUUGGAGAAGGCGCGCGGCGAAGAGUGGGGCAAUACCAAGAUCGCCAUCGCCACCAAAUAGCGGAGACGGAUUUACCAUUGGAAAGUCGGAAACUGGCGGGUUGGGAGUUGGUGCUGGUGGGCAGAUGACAGCGGCUCAAAGAAUGAUGGCUAAGAUGGGGUGGAAAGAGGGGCAAGGGCUUGGGAAGCAAGAACAAGGGAUCACCACCCCUCUGAUGGCAAAAAAGACAGACCUGCGUGCUGGAGUAAUCGUGAACGCUAAUGAUACGAAAUCAGAGAAGAAGGUGAAGAGUGUCAACUUUAACGGACAACCUACUCGGGUUCUCCUGCUCCGAAACAUGGUGGGCCCCGGUGAGGUAGAUGAUGAGCUAGAAGAGGAAGUAGGAUCCGAGUGUGCGAAGUACGGAACAGUAACGAGAGUUCUGAUAUUUGAGAUCACAGAACCCAAUUUUCCAGUGGAAGAGGCUGUUCGAAUUUUUGUGCAGUUUGAAAGAUCAGAAGAAACGACUAAGGCUUUGGUUGAUCUUGGAGGUCGUUACUUCGGGGGAAGAGUGGUUCAAGCUACAUUUUAUGAUGAGGAAAGGUUCAGUAAGAAUGAAUUAGCUCCAAUGCCAGGAGAAAUCCCUGGAUUUACAUGAAUUCCGAUUGGAUUGGGAUUGGAUUGUGCUAUAACUUUCCUGUUGUAAGCACGUGAUGUUGUGGACUCAUUAGUUUCUUUGCAGUCAUUAUGAGAAUCUCUCUUUUUACUUGUGACAGACUGAAUGAUGGCGCACUUGCACACCGAUGACCAUGGGCGUUCUUUCGGGCUGCAAGCGGAUUAUCAUUGGGCUUUUACGGUAAUUUUAGGUUGAGACUCGUCGUGUUUUUUAAUUAUUAAAAAAUGAAAAACCAGAAGUUAUCUUGUGCUUAAACUCUCAAGCUUUCUUAAUGUGUGUUGGAUUAUGGGUGAAAUUAUUGAUUGGUUCUUAUGUUAUUUGAGAAAUAUUAUGAGUAUAAGUUUAUAUAAUUUCUUCUU